AUGGAACAGAAUGCAACUAUACCAUGUUACUAUAGGAUAAGAUUUUGCCAAGGUAUUAUUCUAUGGAACAGUUCGUCUAUUAAUUAAAUAGUUUAUUCUGUUUGUACGAAUAAUUAUUUAUCCGUAUACACUGCUGAUUCAAUUAAGGUUGUUCUUCUAAACCUUAAAGGACAUUGGCAAUAAAAAAUUAGUUUAGUUCAUUUGAAAGAACUCUUAAAACUAUACUGUAUAUUAAACUCUGUUACAGAUUGUUUAUAUCCAGGGCCGUGCCACCUGGGGGGGUGUAGGGGGUGUAUCACCCCCCAAAGAAAAGUAAAAAGCCCAAAUUGCGGAGAGGGGGCCUUGGAAAGCGGAACGUGUUAAAUAUUAAGGAAUUUUCUGGAAAAUUGGUCUAAAAGGUCUUCAAAACUAAAUUUAAGCCCCCAUUAUGUAAACCUAGUGUUUGAAAAAAUUUUUGGGGCCUCCCCCCUCCCCAAUAUUUUCCAGAAAAAUUAUUUGGUUUCCGGAAAAAUUGUUUUGAGGGGGCCCCCAAAUGGGAGGGGGCCCAAAUUUUUUAUUUCACCCCCCCCCCCAACCAAAAACCACUUGGCACGGCCCUGUUUAUAUCUCAGUUUUCAAAAUAUUUCGACUGAAAAAAGUGAGCUGUUCGCCACCUUGGAUUAUUGAGGAUAUGCAUGCAUGUUACGUCAAGAGAGGGGUUACGCCAAUUUUUUAUCUUGAGAGUAAGCGAUCAAUAUGGGUCCAAACUUCGUUUCUGGUUGCUGUCAGAAAUUUAGAAAUGAUUAAAAACAUUUCAAACAAUUUUGGAUUGUUAUUCGGUCAUUUUCGAGUAGUUUUAUAUGGUUAACCUAACUCCUGACGUCAUCAAAACCAUAGUUAAUGAGGUAAAGAAUUUUUCCAAGAUGGCGGAAAGCUCAUUAAUUUCGGUCUAAAUAUUUCGAGAACUAAGCAAGAUAUGACAAAUCGGUAAUAGAGUUUAAUAUAUAAUUUUAAGAGUUCUUUUGAUUGAGACAUACUAAUUUUUUAUUGCCAAUGUCCUUUAAACUCUGAGUGCGCAAGGGAUGAUGGAUGUUCACCUAAUAGGCCCUUAAACUCAGAGAAUUGCCUUUACAACAAGUAUGUUUUCUGUCAUGAGUCUUCUAUAUGUCUUAGGUACUCUUGCAAACCCAAAUUUCAAAGUUUAUGUGUUUAAAUAAGCAAUAACCCAUCAUCCUUUGCGCGCUCAGAGUUUUUUUCCGCGCCCGCCUUUGCCAUCUCCGCGUGUCCGUUUCCGCAUUUUGAAUAAUGGCCGAAUUACCAAAGGAAGCGAUGCAUGGUGAGGUCUCGUGACAUUUAUUUUGUAUCUAGAUCUCGAAACCAAAACGUUGUUGUCUCGAGGCUCGAGCAGGAUUCGAUGCAAUCUUCAGGUAUGUAGUCGUAGUUUUACGCAUUAUUUACGAGUUAUUGAGUGUUAUUCACUGUUGUGAACUUGCAAGUUUACCGAAGUUUCGACACACAAACUUUUCUAAUGUUGAUAUUUGUGAUAGAACGUUCAAUGCAUAUAAUAUAUUUGAAUUUAAUUUGCAACAUGGAAACCCAACUAUAUUUAUAGUUGCGUAAUAUACAGUGACGUGGAAACCCAACUGUAUACUAACCAGUGUCAAUAAUCGAAGUCCCAACUCAAAUUAUAGGAUUUUAAUUUAGAUUUGCAUUAUGCACCUAUCAAUAUUAAUCCCGGGGGGUAAGGUUGCGGGCAAUGGGUGGGGAUUUGAUAAAAAAAUUAAAAAAUUGGGUCAAUUAAAAAAUUGGGUCAAAUGCCCGCUGGUGGGGCAUUCUAAGAUAAUCAAAUGUUUCAAAAGAGAUGCACGCAGGGGAUAGAUCAAGGCAAAAUAUUUUAACAUUUAAUAUAAAGAGCCACAAAAAGCAUCUGGGCAUCGUAAAUUUUAUCCCCAGAAUCCAGAAUAUGUGCUGUAUUCAAAUUCCAAAAGGCCAGAAGACUUAAGCGAAGCGGAAAUAAAAAAUAAAAAGUUUCCGGACUUCCUGUUUUGUCUAUUCUAGGCUCCAGGCUUUGUACUGAAAUCGCAUGUUGAAUUAUGUCGAAUGGCAAAUCGCCCGCACCCGGGCAAAAAUCUUUGUCAAAUGCCCGUCUGUGGGGAUAGAAUUCACGAUCAAAUCCCCCACACAUUGCCCGCACCCUUACCCCCGGGAUUAAUAUUGAUAGCUGCAUUAUGCAAAUCAUUUUUAUAAAUUAUAGUACAUGCAGGUAUAUUUAUCACUUAGGGUGCUUUCCAUUAACAGGGCCAGAACGGUCAAAUUGUUGAAUGGAACACAAAAAAUAACAAAACAUUUGGGGUUCGGACCUAUCUGACCGGAAAAAUUAGAUAACAUUAGAAUGAGGUCCACUUUCGCUAGAUAUUUGAGAAUCAUACACCAGAUCUUACCAUUGAUACAGAGAAAAUAAUUCGGGUCUGACCGGUCAGGCCAUUAAAUGGAAUUAAUGCCCUUAUUUACUGAGACCGAGGGAAACAGUGUGUUUUGUGGACCCACCAUUGAUGCCCAAGGCGAAGCCGAUGGCAACAACAGCGGGGCCACAAAACACACUGCUUUCCCGAGGACUUGGUAAAUAAGUGUUUUGUUAUAUAGUAUAUAAGUGUCAAAGUAUGAAUAAUUCACCGGUUAAUGGAGUGAACUUAAUUAAUUUGAAACCAAAACUGGAUAAAUGGAACGCCGUAAAUGUUUACAGUUAUAAAAAGAUUAAAAAAUGAACUUUGGAACUUCAUGGUUGACACGCAUGCGUAUUGCACCCAUUUUAUUAUUGACCGGUCAAUAAAUAUUUGAUUGCGGACCGGUUGCCUCCUCAGCAAAGCACACAGUGAACAUGAUGUUUUGUGGACAGGCACAUGAUACAGUUUUGACCAAUUCAGGCAAACACAAAAAUUGAACUUUGACACUUAAGUUAACUAUAUAUAACAAAGAAAUUUGUAUGUGGUUCAUAAACAGCCCUCCAAAAACGAGGUCGGCAUUUGGCAAUGUCGACCGGAAUGACCUCCCUAAUUAUAAUUAAUUCAGCCAAAGUAAGAAUGUUUUUGGUGCUGAUAGCUGUUGAAAAGUCAGAGAUUAUAGAAUUUGAUUCGAUUAACUAUACACACUUCGGUAUAAGGUUUAAAAAUUGACGGGUAUAUAUUUCUAUAUAAUUAUAAUUUAGGUAAGACUCCAAAAGAAAAGCUGAACUGAUCGUGUAAUUAACACCUUUCAAUGAUUCGUAAAUACGUGAUUACAGAUUUUAAAAAUGCCGGGACAUGCUGACCUAGGUCAGAUUUAGUUCGGUAUUUUUUUGCCAACCUCAAUCUUGACAGUUUUUGAGGGCUGCAUAAAGCUACAUAUAUAAACAAUCGAUAAUUUGAUUUUCUAUUAGAUGUUAAAGAAUUAUUUAUAUUUGAUGAUCCAAUCAGCUGUGCAGUUGCUUGGACAUUGACUGUUUAGUAAUGAUCGGCCAGCUUUUCAAUAUUUACAUUCAAUUGAUAAGCUAUCAAUUGCCAUCAAUUUGAUAGUAUGUGCUGAUUGUGAUCACCAGACUUGGAGAUAGUGGUGGAUCCUGGGAAUGACGUUCCUAGAAAAUUUUUGAUUGCAGAAAGGAUUUUCAAUUUUCUUUGGCUUUCUUUGUUAAAAAUUUCUCAAAUUUUCUUAGAACUGAAAAUGCUGAUAUAUUAGUGAUAUCACCUGAUGCACAAAUCGGUUAAAAAAAGUUUUUUCACUUGAGCAUACAUGAAAAUAUUCCUUGAAAUUUAAAUUUCUUUAUCGACUUAUCAUAUCACACAACUUGCAAAUGUCAGAUUAGGUAUUAAUAAUAACAAACACUCUUAUAAUGCUUGUGUGAUGUUACUCUGAGUGUACAUCCACACCGGGCAGGCUUGAAAAAUAUGCCUGGCCACGGUGGGGCAUAUUUUUCAAGCCUGCCCGGUGUGGAUGUACACUCAGAGUAACAUCACACAAGCAUCUUAUUCACCUGAGUACAUUACACCAACACAGCAAAUAAACACUUAUAAGUUAUAAGUACAACUGUAACUUAUUACAGUUGUAGGGCAUAAAAAAAAUACCUGUGGUUCCGGUUUCAUAUUGUCAAAAAAUUAGGGUCGGUAGGUCGGAAAUAAUUUUUUUUUAAAUCUUUUUUUUCAUGGUUUUUUCAAUAAUUAGUGUGACAAUAGACGCCAUUUUUUGCAGCAGCCCGCAACAACCCGGAGAAAAUAGAGUCACACGGUCAAUCGCGUUGAAAAAAUAAUAGGGUCGGCAGAAAAAAAAUAGGGUCGGUCGGGAACCGGAACCACAGGUAAUUUUUUUUACGCCUAGUUAUAACACUAUAUAAGCAUUUAUUACAAUUUAAUUUGAUAUGCUAUUAGACCUAAGUUGCUAUAACAUUAGUAACAUAGAAUUAAUUAAUAUUAUCCAAUAUCCAAUUUAUUGAUUAAUUGAAUAGAUUAAUUUUGUUAACAGUGAAGGCUGUGAAGCACAGUUAAUACCUAACAGCUGUACCCUUCCCAAAUUAUGCAUGCAUGCAACACGCAAGCAAUGCAUGCAUGUAACAUGCAAGCAGUGCAUGCAUGCGUUGCAUGCAUGAUGCAAGCAUGCAAAUUGGCACUCUCUGCAUGCAUUAUGCAUGCAUAUGCAGCAUGCAUGAUGUGACUGCAGAUUUAAAUAAUUAUAAUAGGCAGCGGCUAGCUGAGCAUGCAUGCAUGCAUGCAAAUAAGUACUUUGCAUGCAUGCAUGCAUGCAUGCAUGCACGUAGCAUGUAUUAUGCAUGAUGGGUGCAGGCAUAUUGUGAAGCAUUAACAUGCAGAUGAAAUGUGCAUGCAUGAUUAAUGCAGCAGAUAGGCUGCAUGAAUAUUGACACUAUAACAUGCUUGCAUAAAAAAUUGCAUUCAAAUAUAUUCAGAAUAAUAACUGCAAGCAUAAGAGAGUGAUAAAUUUUAAUAAAUCUAAGUAUUAUGAUAAAAAAAUGCUAUAAGUUGCAGCAUUUUCCAUUUAAAAUAAAUUAGAGAUGAUUUAAAUUUUUAAAACAAUAUUAUAUAGCUGAAAGCCAUAACAACUUGCUUAAAAAUUAGUUUAAAUACUAAUUCAAUAAAAAGGUAAUUCUAUAAAUAGGUAGCAAACUUUGCUAUUUAAUGUCAGUUCUGAUUUACUGCUUCAUGUUCUCCUCGGUCUUGGCAUUCAAGAUGGACAGCACAAUUUCAUCAGAUUGUCUGUGACGGCCAUUCCUUGUCUCAAUUGCCACCUGUCCAAUAAUGCGGUUUACAAUAGCAAAAUUGUGGGUCUUUGGAUACACAGUGCGCAGAAAAUCUGAAAUGAUCAAAUGAGCAAUAAUAGCAAUGGUUCUGAAACAUUACUCAAUGUUCUACAUUGCCAAUAUUAAUUCCCAUAAUUGUCCCAAUACAAGAUCAACAGUUUUAUUAAUUUUACCUUGAAUUAGAGUUACUCUGUGGUGAUCAAAUUUCUUGCCUUGUGCAGAAUCAGUAGCACCAUUUUUGCCUGUGGCACCUGAUAUUGUACAAUGCAGCCUUUCAAAAAAUGUAAACAUUCCAAUAGCAAGAAUUCUGGUGGCCUUUGUCACAGCUGAUGCACUUGCUGCUUUUGUUUUUAAAUGGUGUGGCACACUACUCAUAGUUGCACUGGAAUAAAAAAACUCCUGAGGACAGCUAUCCUUUUCAGGGUUUCCAACUGCAGGACAGUUGUCUUGAACAGUUUCUAUCACCUUUAACUUUAAAUCACUGGAGUAUCCACUGGGUCUUUGAGACAUGACAUUGGGAGUUUUUGAAGAAAAUUCCUGACAAAAAAAACCCAACUAGAAACAUAUAUAAUUGAUACUAUUAAGUUGAUUAAUUUAUUGCUGGUAACAACUUAUUGGGCCAGCCUUAAAUGCUAAAGGAAGGAAAUGGAAUUAUAAGUAAAAGCCCCCAAGCCUUUCAUUCUUUAUAAAUCUCACCACUGGCUUAUUUUGCAUCUGCCUUUUAGACUUCAUACUUUCUAGGUCUAAUUCUGCAAGAGCUGAAAUUUCUGCAAUUUAAAAAGAUAAUAAUUAGUAAAUAAAAAUCAAUUCCCCAAUGUGGAGGAAAUUUGGAUAAAACAUGCACUUGUGACCUCAAAAUAUAGCACUUAUCCUUCAAACUAAUGUGCAAUUUUGAUGAUCUUUGAAAAAUUCACUCAUGCAUAUUUUAUCCAAAUUGCAAUUAUUUUUUUUUGAAUCGAAACCAUAUAUGGUAUUACAUAUGAAUAAUGUCACAAUAUUUUAUAUCAGUACUUACUCUUUCUCAUUAAGUCCAUUUCUUGCUGAUGCCGUUCAAUAGCAAGCUUGUUUCUUUUACAACACUAUAUAAUAUACAUCUCAGAGAUUAACAAAAAUGAUGGUACGUACUGCAGUUAGCAUGGUCAUAACUGCAUUAACAUGUAUAGAUUUUCAAAUUGGUAUUGUCUUUUGCAUAAUUGCUGACUUCUAUAAUUUUUUCUGUGUCGCUACUUAUUCUACCACUGGCAUUUUCAUUAUACAAUGUUGCUCAUUUAAUGGCUAAGGCUUGGUCCCCUAGAACAACCCAAACCAGCAACCCAAGUUCUUUAACACUAUUAAAAUUUGCCAUCUGCAUGUAUAACAUUCAAGAAAUUAAAAAUAUAUGUCAGUGUCUCGCAUGCACAAUAAUGAGAAAGCAGCUUACCUUACAACAUUUUCCAAUCAAUUCUGUUUCUGCUACCUCUUCUUGUAUCUGAAUUAUUUCUGGUGACUUGCAGAUAUUUUGCAUUUGUGCCAGCUCAGCUUUGUUCUUUCUUUCCUUCUCUUCCUUUCUCAUUUGCUCUGCUGUCUUGUCCCCACUUCUAUUUUUCUCCUUUUUUUUCUUUGACGGCCCUUCCAAACUUAGAUUUUCUUCUUUUCUCACCUCUACUGAUGUGAAGUUAGGGACUGGUUUGGUAUAUAUCAACUCAUGAUGCACGAUCCUUUUUAGUUUGUUAGACUUGUUAGACAAUGAAAUGUCUUUUCUUGACUUGCUUCGAUCAGUAAAAUUGGGUUGUUGAUGGGACUUAUACAGUUUCAAAGCUGCUGCUUUUGUGUCUGUUUAAUGAAAAUUAUUUGAUGAAUAAAUAUAGUUCAUUGCCAUUUGAAGUCUAUUAAUAGAAUCAGGGAUAAUUUCAAAAAUUGUAAUAAAUAAAUAAUAUACAAAUGAAAUAAAAUUCUUGGCUACUUGAGUUGUAGUGUUUCAAUCCCACAUCGGCGACCUAUGAUUUAAAAAUUUUUCGAACCAGAAGCUUCUUUGACAGCUCUAAUGCUUUAAAUUCGAUCAUAAAUUUAAUUUAAAUAAUAUAAAAGUGAUUGUGAAUUUUAAAUUUCAGUGGACGUAAAUACCGGUAUUGUAGAAUGUGUAUUGCUAUGACAAACCUGCAGUAGCAGCAAUUAUUCCUUGAAAAGGUUUUCCACAAUAUAGGGCUAGCACAUUUUCUCCAAUUUCGAACUUAGGGCAACUUAGCUCGUUUUCCAGUGAGGAUAUAUCUUUCUUGGCCACUGCAUCAUAAGCAUCCUCACCAGCCCAUUCAAUGAUACACCAACCUGUAUUAAUCAGUGAAAAUAUAUUUCAUAGCUAGAGUUUGACUUAAAACGUAGAAAAAUAGAAAGAAUUUCCCAGCCGCCAUCUUGAAUUCAGAUUUAUGCUGUGCUGCUGCUAUGACAACGACUCGUUGCAGUUGCUUGAACAGUUGAAUUUCUUUCAUCGAUUAAUAAUUUACUCGUUAAGUUUCUCGUAGUGCAUAUGACAGUAUAAAACUUCGACAAAUAUCGUAAACGUGGAAAAAGAUAAAGUGGCACACCAGUAUAAACGUGUAAUGAAAAAGAGCCAAGAAACAGUUCGUUUUUAAGGGGUAGCCGUAGGUAUAAAAUAUGAUAUGAUGUACCGUACUUUUUACUUUUUGAUUUUCAUUACGGAGUUUUUUACGCAUCUUUAGUCCGAUUUAAUAAAUAUUUUAACAGAAAUAAAUUACUUACCCUUUAGUAUUUCUUGUGGUGAUUGCGAGGAAGGUCCGAGAUAUCCUUUGUACUUCUUGGGUAUUUUGUGUUGUCGUUUCACAGGAGCGGGGCCGUCUUUUUCACUGUCACUUCCAAAGAGGUCACUUUCCCAAAAAGUUGCUCCAAAUUCGUGUUCCGAAUCGCUAACUGAAAGGUCACUAUGGUCUUCGUGUUCAAAUGCAGACUUGAAACUUAGCGGUCUUUUAAUUUUUGACAUCUUUUUCAACUUCAGUAAUAGGAGCUUUUGAAACAGUACGAAACGAAAAGUCGAAAACUGUUCAGUUCUUUAGUGCAAGUCUGAUUGAAGUUCUCACGAAAAACACGAAUAUUUAUAAGCAUUUUCGCGCGCGGAGCUGUGAUUGGUCAGAAUCGAAUUAACAUGGAGUCGAGGUCACAGUGGACAAAGGCUAGCUGAAAACAACUGUCAAUCGAAAAACGAAAAAAAAACGGUUCAUCUCGUUAAAUUAGUUGAUACUGUAAAAUAAUAAAAAUGUUGCCAAGACGGAAAAGGUACAAGGAGUGGCAAAGUAACCCAAAUAUUCCAAUCCCCAAGAGGACACUUGCACGUUUAAAGAAGAAUACAAGAACAAGUUUUAACACUGUUCACGACAAUGUAUUAAAUGGUGGAGAUACUGUUGCAGAAAAAAGCGAUACUGCAACUGCUUUGGACGUUGGGAAUGUCCAGAAUGAGCAAUGUGUUGCUGGUUUAACUACCAGUGGCACUGAUCUACAGCAAGUAUUUGACCCCUCAGAUGAUGUCGACCAGUUUAAUGCCUUUAAUUACGUGUCGCCAAGUCAAGAAAACACCCAUGAAAACACUUUGCCCGACACUGAUUUGCUUGAAGCGGAUGGUGAUGCAUUCCAUUUAAUUGAAGACGAUGACUACAGAGACAAUGAUGAAGUAUACUGCAGGGAAUCAGAUAGCAGUUCAGAUUCUGAAGAUGAAGCAGUGGCACAACAUAAUGAUUCAGACUCCCGUGUUCCGCUUUAUCCUGGGGCUACCAUCACGGUAACGGAAAGCAUUAUUAGCAUAAUGAAAUACUCGCUGAAACACAAGAUGACAUAUGCCGCAGUUAAUGAUCUGUUGGGGUUGCUUUCUCUUCAUCUUCCAUACGGUAGUGACAAAGAGCAUCUCAAAUCUCUAUAUUUUCUUAAAAAGGCAUUCAACUCCAAGGGGGACCAGGAUGAGAUUGUAACUGUCAAUUAUUAUUGUCAAAGCUGUUUCUCUGGCCCUUUGCAAAGUAGUCAAAAUAUUUGUUCAGUUUGUGGAAAUACCAACUUAUUAAGAAGGAACAAUUAUUUUUUGACCCUGGACAUAGCAGGUCAAAUAAAACAGAUGUUUCAAGGUAAGUUUGACAAAAAAUCAAUUUUGCAUUAAUAUGAUUCUAUCCUUAAGCUGUUAUUAGACUGUUAAGAACUUCUUUUUUACACAGUUGUUAUUGUUUUUAAAAUAUAGAUGAAACUUUUGGUGAGGAUAUUAAAUAUGGAUUUAGAGCACGAAAACAUUCAACUCUGUCCUUGGAUAAGAGUGAAAGAGAGUGGUAUGAUGUCAUGGAUGGUGACCUGUAUGGAGAAUUGUUGAAACCUGGUGGUUUUCUCACUAGUGAGAAUAAUCUAUCAUUUCUGUUCAAUACGGAUGGAGUUCAUGCCUUUAAGGCUUCCAGGGAUGAAAUUUGGCCUUUUCUUUUGGUAGUGAAUGAAGUUCAUCCAUCUGUAAGGUAUGCUAGAUUUGAGAUUAUGGUAACAAAAAUCAUUGUUCAUCAUUGUUCAUGUUGUGAAGUGACUAAGUGUACAGUGGCAGUGUUGACAUUAAAAUUGGAACAGAUGAAAGUUGGUUAAGUGCUGAAUUAGUUAUGAAAGGCAUUAUAUGACUAAUCGGUGCUUCAAAUAUAUGAUUAUGAGCAUUGAUUUUUUUAAGAUUCAGCACAAAAAGGAUGAUGCUUGGUGGAAUUUGGUUUGGGCCUGGUAAGCCAUCAAUGACAACAUUUUUGGAUCCUAUCCGCAAGCAGUUAAAUGCUUUAAAGAAAGAUGGUAAUUAUAUAAGCCUAAUAAAGUAAUGGUGAUAAAAGAACAGAAUAGAAGAGUAGUUACAGGUAUAUAGGACAUGAAUUUAGUAAAAACUUGAAAUGAUACAGAGAAUCCAUGUUUCUAACUGAUUCGUCUAAUUUUGAAGUCUUUUGAGGCAAGCUUAAAGAUGAAUAAAUGUAAGUAUGAAUUUUCUUUAAUUAUAACUUUGAAUUCUCUAGGAAUCUCUGUGGACUGCAAUGGAAGGAGUUUCAUUUGUCGUGCUAUUUGCUUGUUGGGGGCAACCGAUCUCCCUGGUAAAUCUGCAGUACAAGCUUUCACACAGUUUAAUGGCAAGUGUGGGUGUUCAUUUUGCGAACAAGAAGGAGAAGUUGUGUCUGUCGGGAAAGGUCACUCAAGAUGCUAUCCUUAUACUGUUGGCCCACCUAACAAUCUAAGGAGCAGCAAAAAGGUUUUUACCCAGGCUCAACAAGCUCAACAUGUUGGAUUACCGGUAAGUCAGGGUAUCAUUUAUUAUCUGGCAGGGGUUGAAGAUGUCUGUGAGAGUCAACAAUGAAAUACAGCACCAUAUUAUGGUCUCCAUUUAUCCCAAUCACACUGCUACUAACUAAAUAAUUACCAAUUGACAAGGUUCGUGGUGUGAAGCACAUGUCACAGUUGUGCCUAAUUGAUGGGUUUGACAUGAUCAAUGGAAUGCCAUUAGAUUAUAUGCAUGGUGUGUUGCUUGGGGUUGUGAAGAUGUUGUUCAACUUGUGGUUUGAUGCAAAGCAUAAAAAAGAAAAUUACUUCAUUGGUAACAAAAUUGCCAUUAUCGAUGACCGACUGUCAAAGUGCAAACCACCAGAUUUCAUUUCAAGACUGCCACGUAGUUUGGUUAAGGACAGAAAGUAUUGGAAAGGUAAACAUUGUUCAAAUUACUAAUUUCCAUAAUUUGUCAAUUCAACUAAUACUGCAGCACUGUAGAAGCUAGAAAUUAAAUGCAGUUCAUAGGCCGGGUUAAAAACUGUCCUCAAUUACUCAUAGAUGGUACAAGGAAUCUGCCAGUAUGGGUAAUACAUUUACAAUGUACUAAUUACAGAUUUAAUUUUUUUAGCUUCUGAAGUGAGAUCAUGGUUGUUGUUUUAUUCUCUGCCUGUGCUAAAAGGGAUUUUGGCAGAUGAGUAUUACUGCCAUUAUGCAUUGCUGGUGACCUCCAUCUAUUCAUUACUACAGCACCCAGUCACUGAAGCCGGUAUCAUCACAUCCGAUAAACAGCUGGAAGAAUUCUACUGUCUCACUCAAAUGUAUUAUGGUACACUGUACAUUAAAUUUCAAUUGAAAUUAACAUGUGACAUAUAUAUUGUGUUGGGCAGAAUAUGCUUUUAAGAUAUUAAGUCAGGCUUAAUUGCCUGUAUCUUAUUUUUGAAUAUAAUUAUAGGGAAAAAGUGUUGUACCAUCAAUGUUCAUAACACAUGCAAGCAUUUGACCAGCAGUGUCAAACUUGCAGGGCCAUUAUGGGCCUUUUCCUGUUUUGGAUUUGAAAGCUGGAAUGGCACAAUGACCAAACUAAUUCAUGGAACCCACCAUGUUGCUGUCCAGGUAAGCUUACAAUAUUAAUUUUCAACAACCUUUUUUCAGGUAAUUUUGAUGAUGUCAAUGAUUAAUGAACAAUUAUGCUGCUGAAUCAUAUAUUUUGUAGGUAGUUGCUGCGGUUAAAGGAAUACAGAAGAUUGCUGUUCUGGAGACAUCCGAUGUGUCUGAAACUUCAGGAGAUUUGAUUUCAUUCAUGAAGACAUUGAACAGUUCUAAUAGGUCAGUUUGGAUACAUUUUGUGCAGAUUUAAUUUAGGGCAGAGUGUGUUUUACUUAUUAAUAUAUGGCAAUUCUAAUCUUUCUCCCAUUAAACAUAAUGUACUACAUUAACUAUACAGCUGAACAUUCUCGUUGUAUUUUCUUCUUUAUAUAGCAACAAUGUUGUUGAUAUUUUUCCCGGUUGCUAUUCUGUUGGUUCCUUGUCCAGGGUCAACUUAACAACAAUGGAAAAAGCUUGUCUAAAUGAAUUGAUACCAGGAACAGCUGUCAACUCUCAAUUAGAGUUGUAUUCUUUCAAAAAAAUUAUUUUUCGAAAAAAUAUGUUUUAUAGCAAGGCCUGUGAAAAAGUAAAAAAGCGAAACAGUUAUACUGUAAUGUAUACAUCAAACACCGGUGAUGGUAGAGUUGGAGAGAUUGCCUAUUUUCUGAAGGUAAAAGAUCAAGUUGAGAACAUUUGUCACUUUUUGGCUGCCAUGUAUGAAAUGAAAUCAUUCCCAGAUGAAGCUAUUAUGGCAAAUGUUGCGGUUUCAACCAUCAAUAAAGACCUUGGUCAUCAUCUACUACCAUUUCAUGAGGAAAGGUAACUGAGGCUGAACCUUUUAGAUUAUGAAUGAAAUAAAUUUUGGUAAUAAAACCAACAUAAUUAAACGUGAGGUGAACAUUUAAGAGAUAUGCUCAUUUACAAGUGCAACACUUACAGUAGAUCUGUAAUAUCAGUAUUAAAAUAACUUGCUUUAUUUUUUAGCAGUGCUGAACAGAUUUCGUAUAUCCCCAUUGCCAACAUCAAAGAGAAGCUAGUAGCUGUCGGUUGUCUGCCCUCUGUUGCCUAUGUAUGCAGGACCCCAAAUUGCUGGGAGUCAGACUAAUUAACUUGAUCUGUUGACCUGUUAUACGUAAAGUAUUUAAUUUAGGGACCGGUCAUAAAGUAAAAGGGGGGGGGGAAAUCAUAUAUGUAUUUGGUGUCUGCACUUUUGGAGACCCACCCUUUUCCAAUUCUUUCCGGAAAAUUUUUUUUCGGACAAGAACCCCCCCCCCCCCCGUUGACAACUUUUUAGGUAAAAAAUUUUCCGCACAAGUAUGUUGCAAUUGGUAUCUUGUUCUUUGCGCCGAAAUUUUUAACACAAAAAAAAUUACUGGCGCCCAAUCUUCUGCAUAUUUUUACAUGGCCCACCCUUAUGAUUGCGCUUAACUUUUGAUGACCCACCCCUUCAACCAUGCUCAAAAAUAGUGACCCACCCCCUAUUUUUGCCGGCCCCCCCCUUUUACUUUAUGACCGGUCCCUUACUGUAAAUAAUUGUUGCUAUUUUAUAUUUUAAUUGUGAACUAGGUCUGCAUUAGACAUUACUGCUUGCAUGCCAUUAAUCUGUAUUGGAUAAAUAGAAUGACUACAGGUGCACUCUACUGCAUGCAUUGUAAUCUGUGUGCAUGCAUAAGACACUUCAUCUUGCAAAUAUUAAAUUGCCAAAACAUUUAUAUGCCUUUCAAUGCACGUAUUAAUGCAUGCAUGCAUGCAAUUUUUGGCAUGGUUUACAAGCAAAUUGCAGCAUGAAUAAGUAUUUGCAUUUAGUCAUGCAAUUACCUAUUCAUGCAUGUUGCAUGCUUGCUGACCUGCAUGCAUGUAUGUGCAUGCAUACACAUACCUAUAAAUGCAUGCUGUUAAUGCUUGCAAUUACUAGCUUGCUUGCUAAUUUUGCAUGUACUUAUGCAUGUAUGCUACAUGCUUGCAUGCAUGCAAUUAUGCAUGCAAACAUCAGCAAAUCUGCAUGAAUGCAUGCAUGCAUACAUGCAAAUGCUGUUCUGCAUGCAUGCUUCAUACUUAUGCAUGUAUGCUACAUGCUUGCAUGCAUGCAAUUAUGCAUGCAAACAUCAGCAAAUCUGCAUGAAUGCAUGCAUGCAUACAUGCAAAUAGUUCUGCAUGUAUGCUUCAUGCAUGAAGCAUGCAUGAAGCAUGCAUACAAUUUUUGUAAGGGUAGUCAAAAUUUAAGUGCUGUUAAACCAACUAAAUUUUAUGACAGCUAGUGUUUUCAAAGAAACUGCCCCCGGCCUAAAUUUGAUAACAGUGUUUUCAUCAAAGAAAAUAUUUCCCCCUGGCCUAUUUCCCCCCUGAUCCAAGAAAGGCUAGAAUUAUUUCCAGGUCUGGUGAUCAAGCGUAAAAAAAAUACCUGUGGUUCCAGUUUCAUAUCGUAAAAAAUUUAGGGUUGGUAGGUCGGAAAUAAAUUUUUUGUUUGAAUAUUUUUUCAUGGUUUUGGCGGUUUUUUGCUGGGCGAUUUGCAGUAGAGUCCCGACAUCAAUAUUAACUAGAGAUGCAUAUUUCCUAUGGACGAAUUUAGGCAAUUUGGUUCAAUAAUUAGUGUGACAACAGACGCCAUUUUGACACGCUGUAUGAGCAGCCUGCACACCUGGAGAAAAUAGGGUCGCACGGUCAAUCGCGUUGAAAAAAUAAUAGGGUCGGCAGAAAAAAUAGGGUCGGUCGGGAACUGGAACCACAGGGUUUUUUUUACGCCUCACUUCCUGCAUGGCCUGAUCAUGAUCACUUCCUGCAUGGCCUGAUCAUGAUCACUUCCUGCAUGGCCUGAUCAUGAUCACUUCCUGCAUGGCCUGAUCAUGAUCCCUUCCUGCAUGGCCAAAUGAUCCAUGCAACUGUAACGUUCUUGGUUCCACGUAUAUUUUUUGAAUUUUCUGCAUGUCUGGUACCAUGCAUAAACUAUCAAUCUUAUCUCGCUCAAUAUAUCCCCUGGGGCCGCUUUGGAAAAAUUCUGACCAGUACAACCAUGUGAAUAAUAUUAGACAAGUAAAAAAUACUGUAAGUAGGGCGCACUGGGGCGCAUUGCAGCUCAAUGGGUUAAAGAAAGCAAAUCUACAAGCCAUAUAUGGCCACAAAGGUUAGGGGCAAUGCCGCAAUGGGCAGAUAACACCUCCAAUGCAACCUGUUAAGUUGCAUUGCACCCCACUUUAUUGUCUUACCCUGUCUAAUUUUACUCAACAAGGGGAGAGUGCUGGCACUCAAUGGGUUAAUAAGAUGUCCAAUUAUUAAUAAUAAUGAUGAUGUCCAAUUAAUAUUAAUAAUAAUUAAUAUUAAUAAUGAAAAUAAUUAAUAUUAUUAAUAAUAAUAAUAUAAAUAAUAAUAUAAUAAUAAUAAUAUAUAAACUUUGCUUUCUUUUUUAUUUAAAAAAUUCAAUAUAAUAAAAAAGGGAAUCAAUAUUAAAUUGAUACACUGAAAUUAUAUGCUGUCUUGUUUAGUUGUUUCAUAUACGCAAAGGCCGUCGGGUUUUAAACCAUUAUAAAAUCAAUAUUUAAAACAAACUUACCUUCGUUAACGUCGGCUCCCUUCUUUUAACCGAUUCUUUCGCCCUUUCUUUAUGAGGAAACUUUUGAAAUUUACAAAAUCUUGCAAAAAUGCGAGCGAAAAAUUAAUCAAUCAUCAAAUCAAGAUAUGUUUGCUAUUUCGCUGUCGUCAUGCAGUCAUUAUAAUGCAAACUUUAAAUUGGACCAAUCAGUGUCCGCUAUUCAUGACAGUCCGCCAUAUUUUUGAGAUCAGUGAGGAUGACCACCCAUCGUUGGUCACCCACGCCCGCGAUAAUUGACGAACUUUAGACUUCCCUAAUGCUUUCGUUUCCCCGGGUGUAAAUAGCCGGGGGGAAUUAGUACCCUCGCACGGCGCUUCGCGCCGUCGGCUCGGGGAAACUGUGACGUGGCGGAUUACCCAGUAGGCUGAUUAGGUGGGAUUUUAAGAUGCCCACGUGAUUUACAGAUAGUGCACUUUUUAUUAAGAAUUAUUAUUAGUUUUGUCCAAUGUGUCCUUUAUUAGGCAAUGAGAUGUUGAUUUAGCAGCUAAUCCAAAAACUAUAAGUUCCUUGGUUCUCACCGUAACGCCUGCACGCAAUUUAACUGCGCAAAGUUCAGCACUCAUGAUGUGCUGCCAUAAUUAGUGGAUGUUUCCGCUGACCUUCUGAGGAGCGCAAAUGUCAACAAGAGGCUGAAAUUACAGUAAGUAGAUUCCAAAGAUUAAGAAAGUUCUGAGUCCUGUUGCAUGUACACACACGUUCGUUAUCGACGAUAACUAAAUCAGCCGAACUUGCGUGGGAAUUAAUAUCAUCUUCAUUCCCGAUAACUACUAAUGGAAAUGUACGAGACAUUUGGGCGAUGUAGAAACUAUCCCUGUUUGAGAGUUAUCGUAAUUGGAAAGAUGCCACAUAGAGAGUUUUUACAAUAUAUUUUGUUUAAUAUCUUUCUAUUGGACAGAUCAUGGCAGCAGUCGCCGGCGGUGUUGCGGGAGGUGUUGCCGCGGGCUUGAGUAGUAGUUCUGGAGAAUCAGAAAAUAUACCGAGAAAAGUAAACAACUUUAUUUCUCAAAUAUUACCAAAGCUUGACAAGAACAGUAUAGCAAAGAGAGAAAUGAAAUUAUGCGAAGGUUAUUGCUUAUUGUGGCAUCAUCGAGGUCUUGGAACAGUGAAUGGUAGAAAAACUUCGGACAAAUUGAUCUCUUGCGCUUAUGCCUCUGUUAUACUGGAUCUUUGGGCUGCUGACAAGAUUGAUAUAGAAGUAAGAGGAAAACUAACGGACGAAUGUGUAAAAGCAGUGAUAAAAGUAUGUGUCAUGGACAGAUUGCCCCUAGCCUAAGUAUCUAUAAGUAUUUUCCGCCCCAAAAUGCGGGUGGAUGGAAGACAAAACAGGGCAUGACACAAAUCCUUGUCUGGCCGCAUGUGAAAAAUCCGGCUUUUCAGCUAAUUGCAUGGUACAGCAGACAAAAAAUUGUAAUCUGUCUUUUGAUUGUUAGAGCUAAUUAGCCUUUCUCUAGACUUGGAUCAAGUCCGUCUCUCAAGAGUCCGAGGGAUUGGACGCGCGAGGUCCAAGUCUACCUUUCUCACGAAGGUCUAAAUCCGCCAAUUUUGGGUACUAUUUAACAAAUAUAAAACAUUUUCCGUGUUGAUAUACAGUUACGUCAACACGAGUGGAAAUUGGGAAAACGAGAAAUUGUGUGGAAACACGAAGGGCGGAGUGUUUUCACACAGUUUCGAGUUUUCCCAACUUCCACGAGUGUUGAUAUAACUGUAUAUCAAUACGGAAAAAAUGUUUUAUAUUUGUUUUAUAAUAUAGCACAAAGAAAUAUAAAGAAAGAAAUUUUCCGACGUUUCCGUGUUGACAUUGAGUUAUAUCAACACGGCUCUUAGCCAAUCAGCGUUCAGAAUUUAGAAAUGCUAUAUAUUAUAAUUUAAAAUAUAAGCGAUGUGAAAAUAAUUUUUCAAAUAUUUAACUGUAAAUCAAUUUAUAAUGAUUAUACUAACAACUAUAGUUAUAGAAAGUUUCAUUAUCACUGCUUACUAUCCCUGUUCUAAAAGGUUGACACCCAAAAAUGGCGACGUGAGAAAGGCUAAUUAGAUUACACUGUUGUUCAUAAUGUAUUUCGCAGUUUCAUUGUUGUUGUUAGGGACUGGUCAUAAAGUGACUGCUAGGGUGGGCUGGAGGCAAAUCACAAAUUUUGCCAAUAAGUUUGGUGACCCAACUUAGGAUGUAGAUAAAAAAUUCAAAGCCCAUCUAAUCUUACAAAAAAAAUUUCAUGACCCACCCAAUCUAAAUUGGGAAAAUGCACUUUUAUAACUUAAAAAAACUUGCAGGUAUAUGAACAUUGUAAAUAUACACGGCACUGUAUUGACAUAAUUGAAUUCCACCAAGCUUGACCAACACAUUCAUCACCAAUUACGAUACGACUGAGCUGCUCUCCAGUUGGUUGUAUUUGCUGUGAUUCGACUACUUCUUCUUGUUGUAUAAACAAAGUACUGGCUUCAAUAGAAUCAUUUGCAUUUGAUAAUUUGGAUAGUUUUGUUUACUUUUAUUAUUAAUAUCUUUAUUUUUUGAAGUAGACAUACAUGGGUUUUUGUUUGGUGACCCACCGUAGACAUACAAAAAAUAUUGGCGGCCCAUCGAAACUGCCCAAAGAUUUUCCAUGGCCCAUCCCAAAUCACUCCAGCCCACCCUAGCAGUUACUUUAUGACCGGUACCUUAUGUGCAAUUGACAUUUUCCCUGGGACAUUUUGAUUGGAUACUAAAUAUGAACUUGACUGUUGGUGAAAAGCGACCGGAUUAAGGUUUGUGCACGUAUAUACUUUAUGACUAAUAGACCUCAUUAGGUGUGAUGCUCGCGGCGAAUUCUGCAUGGUCUUAGUAAUCACUGCGAGAAAACCAUAGAGAUUAUAAAAGAAUAGAGUGGGCAUUUGAGGAAAAGUUCAGGCAAACGAAAGGGACAAAUCGAAGCUGGGGGCAAAUUUGAGUUAUGACCCGGAUGAAAAACCAAGAAAUUUUUAUCAACAGUCCUGGCUGUUUUACGUUUAUUUGUGGCGAAGAAUUAAGGAAUUUCCGUUUUAUAUCCUGGAAAUUUGGACGUGCCGAAGUUACGAAAAAGCGCCGCUCUUCUACAUCGAAAAAAAGCACCUUACAACAGUUCUACCGUUUCAAAACUUGUUUUGUAUUAAAGCGUCAUUCUUAAUUUCAUAACAGAUCUCAUAUGACUAUGUCAUAGAUAUUAAACUGAACCAGUUUCAGAGGUAGAUGCGAUACAUUAUUGCAAAGAUAAAAUAUCAGAUAAACCCUAAAAAGAUGUUUUCGACCCAGUCAUGUAUUUAGUAAGCGUCAUGUAUUUCGCGCCCAUGUGCGCGAAAUACAUGAGCCGUCACGGCUGCUCAGGUAUUUCGCAGAGGUCAGAAAUUUCGCUUGACACCGCGAAUGGGAAUUCACACCCUAUCAACGAAAUUUUAGUCAAUCAGAUCGCGCUUCUACGUCCGGGCAACAAAAAUUUACAUCCGGAAAUUCCUGAAAUUUGCUCCCAACUGGAAGCUUUAAGUCAAUUUGUCCCUCUAUUUCUCCCUGAAUACCCACUCUAUUCUUUUGUAAUCUCCGUGGGGGGAAACUAUCCAACAAACAACAUGAAAAUGAAGGCAACAGUCUGAAAGAAUUUUCUGCCUCGAUAGCGUCUCGCUGAUUUCAAGACGAAAGAAGACAUCAUCAACGCCGACGCGAAAGGUUGGACAAAAUCAUUGGCAAAACGGCCUCCGUUUAACCACGAAACGUUGGAGAAUAAGCUGGCGAAGAACAGCCGUGCAAUGCCCCGAUAAAACAUCCUGAAACACUGCACGUAAAAUUGCCAGCAUCUCCACUUCUUUUACCUGUACUAGUGGAUGAAUUAGCGGAUUUUUGCCGCUAUUUUCAGGGUGGGAAAUCCCUAAAGACCCAUGUCAGAGUUCUGAAAUGAAAGAACUAGACUACUCUUCAUGGGCUUGAACAGCCUCUAAAAUACGGCAAAGAACAGCAUGCAGCACGCUCACCUUAGACAGUGGCCAUAUACUGAAUUGUUUUCCCGCCGUGACUACUGAGACCAGAAUUCACCGCGCUCAUCACACCUAAUGACGUCAUUAUGCAUAAGGUCCAUUCAAUUUGACCUUGAUAUUUAAAAUAGAGUGUACGGUACCUGAAGUAUUCAAUAUCCUGCUUGUAUUUAUAUAAGUGUCGUAUCUUCUGCCUUCAAGCGAUUGCAUUUUGCGAUAGGGUAUUUUCGUGAGCCGUGAAUUGCCAGUAUUUGUUCUCGUGAAACGACGGAUAUUUGUGUCGUCAAACAUGAUUUGCAUGGCUAGUCAUGAGCCGUGGUUGCCGGUAAUUUUUGUACCGGAUUUGAUGACUUAACGAGUAGUGAGAAUUGCGAACACGAAGAAAAACAAUGCUUUGGGUGUAACAAUUUUACUAGUUAUGUCCGUUGAUUUAAAAAAUCAGUGUUGAAAUAAGUUUCCAAAACGUAAAAACAGGCUAACGGGUUAAGACAGAGGCGUAGCCAGGAUUUUUGGUCAGGGGGACCAGCAAAAACCCAGGUGGGGCCAAAAAGUUUCCAGACCACAACAUUUUAAAUGUCCCGCCUUUUUUGGUAAAAAAAAUUUCCGAACAAUAACAUUACAAUUGCUUUCGUAGCACUUUUCCCCAUUUCCGUAUUACUUUUUCCGAUGCUUCACCACGAAGAUUUCCACAACAUUGACAAUUUUUCGACGGGUCAUAACAAUAGGGGGGGGGGGGCGGCACGGCGCCACUGCCGAGCCCGCGUUAAGAAAUCACUGGUAAAAAACAGAUUGGUUUAAACUUCAUCUAACCCUCAUUUAAUACAUAUUGAAAUAAUUAGGGUUAGAAAAGGUAUGUGUUUCAAGCUGUGUGCCGCAAAUAAGCGAACAAGAUUUUAGGUUUCACACCGAUGCGCAGCAAAGCAUAUAUUCUACAGAAUUUUUGCAUUAUUGACAGCAUGAAGUUAUAUAAUCAAGGAUUCUCUUUUUUAUACAAUACAUUUUGUCAGGGGGGGGCAAAAUUUUGCCAGGGGGAGGCCGGGGGUCUCCCGGCCCCAGCCCUGGCUACGCUUCUGGGUUACGAAAUGGCAUUAAAAGUCGAGAUAGAAAAUAAAAUUUACACAUUCAGUUAAAAAGUAACGUGUUUUUUUUUAAUUUUUGGUAAAAUGGUUACUUUUUUACAUGUGUAUAUUUAGGUACUGGACGCUACAAAAACUGGAUCUUUUCUGGAUGGCGCUGGCUUCAGUGAGAUGAUCGCAGUGCAUGAGCGCGGAAAUGUGAGGGACCUAAAAGACUGGAUCGAAUAUUGUGUCAUAGGUGAUGCUGACAAAAACUGUGUUUCAGUCGUUCUCGAUUAUUUUGUUGAGAAAGGGAUUAUUGGCAAAGAAAGCAAGUGGUUUGGAAUGAAACGAACUUAUCCUACCAAAAAUAAAGGUUGGUAGUAAUAUAACAUAUUACAUAUAGGACAUAUAGUGAGUCGUACACUUGAAUCUUGGACAGAUGUUGAAUCAUUGUUAAAUAGCUAGUGCUGAAACUAAACAUGAUUGGCUGAUUUGUGGUCACGUGGAUUUAUAUAAUCCUGCUGGGCAACAAGUGAAGAACUGUUGCCCGUUCCGACCGGCUGCGUAUACAUAUAUAAAUGCUACAAAUGGAGUGAUCAAAAAUACGUUUUUCCAGUUUACGUUGAAUUAAAUUUGCGACUUCUGAAAUUAGGGGCGCUUUCCAUUUAAUGGUCGGACCCGUCAGACCCAAAUUUUUGUCUCUGUAUUAAUGGAAAGAUCUGGUCUAUGUUUCUCAAAUAUCUAGCGAAAAUGGACCUCAUUCUAAUGCUAUCUAAAUUUUCCGGUCAGAUAGGUCCGAAGCCCAACCGUUUUGUGUUCCAUUCAACAAUUUGACCGUUCUGACCAAGUCUGGCCGUGUUAAUGGAAAGCGCCCCAGGUCACACUUUGCUCGCAUUUUGCGACCGCAUCGGUCGAAUGUAAAGUUACGGUCGACCAUAAUUAGAAACGUCGAAUUUAACUGUUUCAGAGGUCGAAUUUCGCAUGUACAUAGUCCAACCUAUUGAAUUCAGACAUGUGAAACAGGCCUAACAGACUCGGCAAGUAAAACGUUGUGGACAAGUGUAGGUGAACGUUCAGCUGUCGAAGGUUAACACAAUACGUAUUAAAUAAAACGUAAUCUGAAAAGAAAUUAGAUAUAAAUUGCUUUGUAACAAUUGUAAUUAGUAAUUCAUAAUUAAUUACUUUUUGGACGAAAGCAAUUUGUAAUAUGUAAUACUGUGUUGGAGAAGAAAUUGUAAUUUUUACUCGCUACUUCUUUGGUAAUUUUCAUCACAUGCAGAUCUAAUAAUCAGGGGUACAGGGAUAUUUUUUCUAUUCAUGCUUUAUUUCCAUUUCAGAACCACAAAUACAAUUACUGCUGGAGGUCCGUCGUAUUACGUUGCGAGAUGAGGUCCCAGAUGGUUUCAUGUCCGCGUUGUUGGCCAUCUUACGGUUUGCAGACAGCCUGCACAACACUGAAGAUCCUUUAUUACGAAGAUAUUAUAAUGAUACAGAAUAUGAUAAGGCAAAACCUCGUUUGGACGAAAUUCUUCGCAGUUCAGGUAUCAAAGUCUUAUAAUCCCAAUUAAAUUACCCUUUUUUAUUCUUCUAGAUUAUAAAGUCUUUAAAUAAAGACGAGAAUUACAUAACUUGAAAUGAUUAUAUUUCAAACUCAGAGUUUAUCAAUAAAAGGGUUUAUCAACAUUUCAGAACGUUUUGCGAAGUCUAUGGUUGAAUUGUACAUUAAAUUGAAAUUUUACAUUAAGCAUAAUAACAUACCUAACAUAUAUAUUUGGGAAAUUCAUAAUUUUGUAAUUAAAAAUAAUAAUUUUGUUUUUUGUUCAAUUUUUAAAAUGUAUAGAAUAAAAUGAUAGUG